AUGUCCCUAGAAGCAUACAAUGAAACCCGUCACUUUCUGCAUUCCAAACUCAACGCUCACUUCUUACAUCAUCAUUGUCGAACAAAGAAAGGCAAAAAAAACCUCACAGAUCGAUUCGACAAGCUGCGGAAAUGGAAGGAUCGGGGAGCGAUGCACGUAGGGACGAAAAGCGAGGGCGAUCGAAGUGAAGAUCGUGAAGGGAAGAGUGAGGAAAGGACGGAAAAUGCGUAA